UCUCCGAGUGGCUAUGCGGAGGCGCAAACAUGGCGGAGGCAGGCCCUGCUGCCAGUGAACUGAACGAGGGGCUGGCGCCCGCGGCCGAAGCACUAGUAGCGGCCCGGGAGCGGAGCAGACGCUUCUUAAGCGGCCUAGAGCUGGUGAAGCAGGGUGCCGAGGCGCGAGUGUUCCGCGGCCGCUUUCAGGGCCGCGCGGCCGUGGUGAAGUACCGCUUCCCCAAGGGCUACCGACACCCGGCGCUGGAGGCGCGGCUCGGCCGGCGACGGACGGUGCAGGAGGCCCGGGCGCUGCUCCGCUGUCGCCGCGCAGGAAUAUGUGCCCCGGUUGUCUUUUUUGUGGACCAUGCUUCCAACUGCUUAUUCAUGGAAGAAAUCGAAGGCUCAGUGACUGUUCGAGAUUAUAUCAAAUCCACUAUGGAGACUGAAAAAUCUCCCCAAAGUCUCUUUGCCUUAGCCGAGACAAUCGGACAGGUUUUGGCUCGAAUGCACGAUGAAGACCUCAUUCAUGGUGAUCUCACCACGUCCAACAUGCUCCUGAAACCUCCCCUGGAACAGCUGAACAUCGUGCUCAUAGACUUCGGGCUGAGUUUCGUUUCAGCACUUCCGGAAGAUAAGGGAGUUGACCUGUACGUGCUAGAGAAAGCCUUCCUUAGUACCCAUCCCAACACCGAGACUGUGUUUGAAGCCUUUCUGAAGAGCUACUCCGCCGCCUCCAAAAAGGCCAGGCCAGUGCUUAAAAAAUUAGCUGAGGUGCGCCUGAGAGGGAGAAAGAGGUCCAUGGUGGGGUAGAAGAAUUCUGUGUGACGACCACAGAUGGUUAAGCUGUUCACAGUAACUUUGAAGGAAUGCUAUGAAUAUGAGAUUCGACCUAAAUAAAGGUGGUGGGAUAUUUUUA